AUGAGCUAUCGACGCAACGACGACUUUGAGGACCGACGUUUCCGCGGCGAGGAGCGCCACCACAGACGUGAUUAUGACCGAGACAUGCAAUCCGGCGGCUACCGGGACCGUGACCAAGUUGAAGGUUUCGGCUCCUAUGCUGGUGGCGGUUUAGACUCGCCAACUGGCCAGGGAGGUAAUUAUACUCGCGGUGGAGACCAGGUUGGAGGUGGCUUGAGGUCGUCCGGUUCCGGAGCUUUUAAUGGCGAUCGGGGAGGGUUCAAUGAUUAUGGUGGAAACGACUUUGGCCCGCAAUCCGGUGGAUAUGGCCCUGAUCGACAAGGGUUCGGUGGAGGAGGUACGGAGAGGUACUAUGGUCAAACUCAAGGCACAUUUGGAGGGGGAGGCUACGGAGGAGGUGGAUAUAAUAAUCCCAACAUGAACUCCACCGGUAGACAGGGAGCCCAGGGCGGUUAUGACUACAAUGACGCCAAUUACUUCGACGAUACUGGUUACGACCAGCCGUCGCGACCUCGCCAGCAAGGAAAGCCGCAGAAAAAGGAAGAGCAUGGCAUCAUGGGCACUGCGAAGAAGAUCAUGAAAGACGUUCUCUAG